AUGAUAUCAGCCACACGACGCUGGCUUCGGCGGAAUCGCAAUGGAAUUGCCAUUGGUGCUGGUGUUAUCGGCGCAACAUAUCUGGCCGGACAAUAUGCCCUAGGCAAGCUCAAUGAAGCGCGAGAGCGCAUGCAAAUGGACAGGAUAGCCAAAGAAAACAUUCGACGACGAUUUGAACAAAAUCAAACCGACUGCACUAUCACGGUCCUUGCUCUCCUCCCGACUCUUACCGAGAACGUUCUUGAAGAACUCCCCGUGGAGCAGUUGACUCACGAAUUGCAACAGAAGAAGGCCGAAAGAUUGGCACGUGCUUCCGGAGAGGGAAAAUCAGAAGCUUCCAGCAUGCAGGAUGGAGACUCCGCAAGCAUGUCCAGCUUCCAAACUGGAAGUUUUGUACAUGCCAGUCAGUUCCAAGGAAAUGGGAGCCAGUCAGGUCCACAAAGGACCAAAGCGCAACUCUGGAAUGAACUGAAGGUAGCUUCAAUUACCAGAGCGUUCACACUGAUCUACAGCCUAUCUCUUCUUAUAAUUCUCACACGAAUACAGUUGAACCUUCUGGGUCGACUUAAUUACCUAUCUUCGGUCAUCUCGUUGGCACAGCCUCUGCCGCCCGGAAGAGCCAACUCGAUUUCACUGGAAGACCACGAUCGAAGCGCGGGCGCUGGUUUCGGGAACGAUUUCGAAACCAAUCGGAGAUAUCUAACCUUUUCAUGGUUUCUUCUACACAAAGGAUAUUUGCAAAUAAUGUCAAGAGUAAGGUCGGCCGUUGAAGAGGUAUUCGGAAAUAUUUCUCCCAGCGAAGGAAUAACUGCCACAAGGCUCAGUGACCUGGUCCUCACAGUGAGAAAACGUGUUGAGGGCAGCACUGAGCAAGAUAGAUAUGCCACCAGGUGGCUACCAUAUAUGCUUCCACCUAGGGAAGAAGAGGAAGCAGUCCUGAUCGAGUCCGGUGUGAUAAUACCAACUCCAUCAUCUCCCGGACCAACUUCUCCGGACGAGAACAGACUGGGACAGGAGACGUCCGGUCACAUCGAUACAUCCACGGGACCUUUGCGACAACUCCUCGAUGAGACAGCUGAUUUGAUUGACUCACCGACUUUCACGAGAAUCCAUACCCUUUUGCUUCGGUCGAUGUUUUGCCAUUUAAUUGACGCUCGUGUCAUUCGACAGGCAUUCCCACAACAGCCGCCACAAUCUCCAUCAUCGUCCAUAUCCAGCGCGCAACAACCGCGUAUUCAAGAGUUAGACUCCGCAGUCACCGUUGUACCAGGAGAACCGCGCGUCAAGCUUGCCAACAUCCUGGCCAUCAUAACUCGUCAGGCCCACACGAUUGGCAAUGGCAACAACCCUCCCAACGAAUAUGUGUCGAUAGCUGAAGCAGAAGUGAAAGAACUCGAAGCAUUUGCCGCUGUCAUUUACGCGAGUAAUUUAGAUCAGAGUCUUGAGGAGAAUCGGCCUACGAGUGCGGACAGUGGACUUAAAUCAUCAGACGGGGUGGGAGUCAGUGGUGUGGGGACCGAACCCGUCGAUGAAAUGAUUGAGAGUAAACUCGAGAGCGCCUGGACGAAGAUAUCCGGAUCAGUGUCUGCAUCUAGGUAA